CCAUGGCUGUCCAACAGAAUUCCACACUCAUUUAUGAUAAUUUAGAUGAGUGCCCUUCGUUGCUCAAAGAACCUGAAGAGCUAAGCCGUUACAGUCCUAUAUUACCAUUGAAAAAUCAGAAUAAUGCAGUCCAACAAAGCACACAGCCUUACGAUGGCAAGGCUAACAAUAACAAUAACAACAAAAAUAAAAACCAAAACUUCAAUCCUAAAAUUAAGGAGUUCCACAAAUAUCGCAAAUACGCUAGUAAUCGUUUACAUCGGAAUUACGCGCCGAGUACCUGUAGCGCUCAAAGCGGCCGAAGUCGUACGAUCUCAUUAAAUGGUGCUAAUAGUGCAGAGGAGCAAGGCCAAAAGGAGAUACCCAUAUGGCUUGACGAUGAACCACGUUACGUGUCCGGCGUAAAUAGCCGCACCACCUGCAAUGACAUUAUCAAAGCUUUGAUUGAUGACGAAAUUCGUAAUGGAGGCAAUCACGAUUAUUGUGCCAAUCGUGGCAAAUGUAAGUCAAGACAACAAGAAACCAAACCAUUUCUAGUAAUAUUUAUUACAACACAGCGGUCUCAGAGGGCUGCGUGCGUACGAUUGAGAGAAAAAUAGAAGGCAGGGUAGUAGAAAAGGAGAGCGUAUAUUUCAUUAUCC